AUGUUUCCCGCCACACUAGUACCUAGUGCCUCUGUGCGCCUCCGCCUGUCUGUCCCACUGGCAACGGAUACCCCCUGGCACCAUUCAGGACCAAACGGACAGGCCGUGCCGGCCCAGGUCAAAGACAAUGGCGGACAGGUGUUCCACGUCGAGUUCGCGCCGCGCGUCGUCGGCGAGCACUCGGUCAGCGUGGCGUACCGGGGCGCGCCCGUGGCGGGGUCGCCCUUCAGCUGCAAGGUGUACGACGUCCGCGCCAUCAAAGUCAAGGACGUGGCGCAGGGCAGCGUGGGGAAGGCCAUCACCUUCCUGGUGGAGACGAGCCAGGCCGGGCCGGGCAACCUGGAGGUGACUGUAAACGGCGGUCGCGUGCCCACUUCGGCGCAGGCUCAAGGCCCCCACACCUACGCCAUCUCCUUCACGCCGCGUGAGGCCGCGCCGCACACCGUGGACCUGCGCUUCAACGGGGAGGACGUACCCGGGAGCCCGUUCCAGUGCCAGGUGGCACAGGCCGCGCGCGUCGUGGUGGCCAGCGAGGGCCUGGAGAAGGUGGCCGUCAACCGGCCCGCCUCCUUCACCGUCGAGUCGGACGCGGCGGGGCAGGCCGCCCCGGACGUGCAGGUGCUGUCGCCCUCGCGCCGUCCCCUCCUCGUGGACGUGGCCCCGCUGCAGGGCUCGGGGCUGUCGUCGGGUCGCUACGCCGUGCACUUCACACCCGCCGACGUGGGCGACCACAGCGUGGAGGUCAAGGUGGGCGGCGCGCACGUCGAGGGAAGCCCCUUCCUGGUCAAGGCCUACGACGCCGCCAAGGUCAAAGUGACGGACAUCAACGUGGGCACUGUGGGCAAGCCCGUCUUCUUCAGCAUCAACGCCAGUCAAGCGGGUGCAGGGAACUUGGAGAUCAUCGUGUCCGUCAACGGCUGCAACGUGCCCAACUAUGUCCAGUCUGAAGGCAACGCCAAGUUCAAAGUCAACUUCAAGCCCCAGGAGGCGGCGCCGCACAGCCUCAGCGUGCGGUUCAACGGGGAGCCCGUUCCUGGUUCUCCUUUCACGUGCAAGGUGCUGGACUGGAGCCAGGUGCUGGUGUCGGGCCCGGGGCUCAAGGCGUGCGCCCUGGGCCGGCCCGCCAGCAUCACCGUGGACCCGCAGAAAGCCGGGAACGGGGCCGUACCUCCGGGCGGCGGGACGUGCUCCAUCAGCGUCCUGGCGCCCUCCGGCCGCACCCUGCCCUCCACCACCUCGCAGAGCCCCGACAACAAGUUCACGGCCACCUUCACCCCGGAGGAGGUGGGCCGCCACAGCCUGACGGUGGCGCUGGACGGCGAGCCCGUGCGCGGCAGCCCCUUCGCCUGCAACGUGUACGACGUCAACAAGAUCAAGGUGACG